CGGAGAGCCAGGGGAACCCGCCGAGGCCGGGCCGCCAGUCCAGACACCCGAAGGGGCGCUGCGAGACCCCCGCGGCCAGCGCAGUCCGGAAACAAGGGAAACAAACCCGGAACCCGACUGGACGGCGCCGGAACUGGGCUCUGCCGCCAAGGUAUUCAGUUCUUCCCAGGAAGCUAAGGCCAUGUUGGAGUGAGGCCCUCCCUUCAACAGGUGACUAGCAUUGCAUCUGGAGUCCUUACCAUGGCCUCUGUCUCUGAGCUCACCUGCAUCUACUCAGCCCUCAACCUGUAUGUCUAUGAAGUGAUCGGCAUGGAGGAUAAGAUCAAUGCCUUCAUCAAAGCAGCUGGUGUGAAUGUUGAAUAUUUUUGGCCUGGCUUGUUUGCAAAGGCCCUGGCUGAUGUUAAUAUCGGGAACCUCAUCUGUAAGGUAGGGGCCGGUGGGCCCUGCCCUGCUGACCCCGCUGCCCCUGCUGACCCCGCUGCCCCUGCUGACCCCGCUGCCCCAGCUGAGGAGGAGAAAGUGGAAGCUGACGAAGAAGAGUCUGAGGAGUCAGAUGACAACAUGGACUUUGGUCUUUUUGACUAAACCUCUGUAACACACUCAAUAAAAAGAAGUCUGUGGGCUUGAGAGAUGGCUUAGCAUUUAAGCACUUGCCUGUGAAGCCUAAUGACCCUGGUUUGAGGCUUGAUUCCCCAGGGCCCAUGUUAGCCAGAUGCACAA